ACAACUACAACUACAACUACAAGCAGCCCAGCUUAACAGCUAAACCGUGUGGUUUGCGAGCGGGGCGCUAGCCAGCCGCUUGUCAGUACAGUAGAGUAAUUUGAGCUGCUGGAACGUACAUACGUGUAGCGCGCGCUUGCAACGGGUCUACGGGGCAGGUUUCUCGCAAUAAUUUUUUUUUUUUUGAGGUGGUGUACUUUUGGGGUCCAACUCGCUAAACGGUGAAUAGGUGAAUGCGAAAAAUACGGUACGCGGUAUUUCGAAAAUAUAAUUUUUGCGAACUCGGGCACACCGGGUUAAGGUUACAACAAAAAAUAAUUAAAUAAAAUGAAAAAUUAAUAGAAAAACGGUACGCGUAUAAAAAAUGAAAUAAUUUCUUAACUAAAAAUAAAAAAAAAAUAUUGUUUUUUCGUGUCAAUUUAAUUAGUGAAACGCAAAUGUAAGAAAUUUUCGGUUUAGAAAAAGAAUACAAAACUGGUUAUUUUUACACAGUAAAUGCUCAUACAACUGACGGACUUUGUGUUUUCUACAAUAAGAAAUCAAUACCAAUACAACAAUCAGUGAAUACAACAACAUUACAAGCAAAGCAAAAAAACAGCAGUAACACAAAAUGCCAGUUAAGCUAGAACAACAACAACAACAAUAGUAAUAACAACCAGCAUAGUUAAAGCAGACGUACAAAACUAAAAGCAAAGCAGCAAAAGUAAACGACGUGUUUCGUUACGAAAACCGGACCUGAAGCGACUGACAUUCCAUUGGUGACAGAGCGCAACAAACAAAAAGUAAAUAUUUGAAACAAAAAAUCAAUAAAAAAAAUUAAAAAAAAAAUUCAAUUAAUAAUAAAAAAUAAAAAAAUAAAACUAAAAAAUAUGCAAAUAUGCGUUAUAAUUGAUUUCAAAUAUAAAACAAAAACAAAAGCAAAAAUUUAAAAGUGUAAUGCAACAAAAGAGAAAAAGUUACAACAACAACAAUAGUUGGAUACUAGUUUAAUUUUUUCGAAAAUCAUUUUUAUUCGAAAAAAAAUAAAUAAAUAAAUAAACAGUUAGUGAUAUUUGUUUUGCAAAUUUACAAUAACAACAACAACAAAAAUAAAUUCCAGUGGCCAAAAAGCAACAAACAGCUUUAGACAAGUGGAUAUAUUAGACGCAUGAAUAUACUACAAGCAAGACGCUGUUUCUACUAAACGUUUUAGCCUUCAAGAACAACCCACACACAUUCAGAAAAUACAACAAAAACGGAACGUGUACAACAACAAAGCCAAGAAAGUAUGCGCUUAAUUGAUAUUACUUAAUAAACUUAUGGACAAACAAUUAAUGGCAAUUUAAUAAAACCAUAAGUGGCAGUUAAUUGCAAAAAUCGACAGAAGAAGAAGAAGAAAACGAAGAGGAAGCAGAAACACACAUAUAAAUUGCAAGCAAAAAACGAAGAAAAUUCUAAACAAUUUGUGAUACGAAGGUGUGAGUGAAGCAAAUUUAAAUAGCAUUACUAACAAAAAAAAGAUAUUACACAAGCAAGCAACAACAACAGUAAUAAGUGCGACGCUUACGGCGUUGAAAUUUCAAAUUAUAACGGUCAAGCGUGUGUGGUGUUUGCAACCCUCGAGCGCAUAGCUUUACCACGAACAAGUGAGACAUUGGAAAGGAUAGUCGUAGGAAGCGAACUAAGCAACGCCGAAAAGAAGGAAGGAAGGAAGUACGGCAGCCAACAGCAAAUACUGUCGACAGUUGAGCGGAGGUAGUAGCGGCGGACAGCGCACAAUUUAAUUUCACUAUGGGAAACUCAUCGUCACACACACACGAACCAUUGGAGCGCGGCUUCACACGCGGAAAAUUUGGUGAUGUCAAAAAUGGGAAAUCCGCAUCAUUUCGCUUUAGCAAGAAAUCACCAAAGAAAAUGGAUCGUUUGCGUCGAUCCUUUCGCGACUCGUUUCGUCGUCGGAAGGACCGUGUGCCCGAAUCAUCGAAACCGCAUCAAUGGCAAGCGGACGAGGAGGCUGUACGUUCGGCGACCUGUUCGUUUGCGGUUAAAUAUUUGGGUUGCGUUGAGGUAUUCGAAUCGCGCGGUAUGCAAGUUUGCGAGGAGGCCCUAAAAGUAUUGAGGAAUUCGCGCCGCCGACCCAUACGUGGUGUGCUGCACGUUAGCGGCGAUGGACUGCGCGUCGUGGACGAUGAGACGAAGGGCCUCAUUGUCGAUCAGACUAUCGAGAAAGUGAGCUUCUGUGCGCCAGAUCGUAACCACGAGCGCGGCUUCAGUUACAUAUGCCGCGAUGGCACAACACGUCGUUGGAUGUGUCAUGGGUUCCUCGCCUGCAAAGAGCUCGGCGAGCGACUCUCACAUGCUGUCGGUUGCGCCUUUGCCGUUUGUUUGGAACGUAAGCAGCGACGCGAUAAGGAAUGUGGUGUCACAAUGACAUUCGAUGUGAAGAAUUCGACAUUUACGCGUACGGGUUCGUUCCGUCAGCAAACGUUGACCGAACGUUUGGCGCAAGGUGAGACGCCCUCAGCUGCUGUGCCACCACAGCCCAAACCAUACAAUCCGUUCGCCAUCGAGCGGCCACAUGCCACACCCUCAAUGUUGGAGCGUCAAGGCUCAUUUCGGGCAUUCAGCACCAUUGGCAGUCAAUCGCCGUUCAAACGACAGAUGUCACUGCGCAUCAACGAUCUUCCGUCCAAUACCGAACGGCAGAAGGCAUUUCUGGCAGCCGGUGGCGGUUCACUAGCCGCAGCGCUUGCAACACCCAAUCGUAGUGUUUCACCAAUACCAGAGAUCUCACCAGCUAAAAUGGGCAUUGCAGAGAUGGAUAACGGUUGUGCCACCAUCGACACUGUCAGCCAGCUGUGUCAGGAGCUCAGUCAGGGUCUGUCGUUGCUCAGUCAAAGCGAUGCAAUGAUUGCGGCUGGCGAUGAUCUCAAUUUCAAUAAUAAUUUGAGCAUUAAUCAGAAUAUCAUUGCCGCCGAGAAGACGCAACAACAACAAAAGGGAAUCUCUACACCAACAUCAUUGCCGUUAGCUAGCAGUAGCAGCCAUAGCAUUAACGCUGCAACCAGCAGAGUUUACGAAUAUGCUGAGGGUGCAGUGAGUAAUAACUCGAUUGCGGCUGGUGCGGCCACCACACCAACAGCACAAGUGGCGCCACGCAUCUCAUCGGUAUCACCAGUAUCGACAAAUUCGCCAGUACGUACACCAACAACACCAACGUUAACAAUGACACCACCGCCACCAUUGCCAGCUGGUCGCCCCGUGGAGAUGGUCGCACCACUGCCCAAUGCCGAUCAAUGGCUGGGCGAGGUGGUGAAGAAGACCUCACCGGCAGCUAUUAAACGUGCACCACGUUUGCUCAACUCAACCGGUCGUACGCAAUCGAUGAGUGCUGCACCACAAUUGGGUGUGGAUCCCUUCGAUGCCGAAUGGGUGGCCGGCGUAACCAAGCCACUGUCACCCGAUCUACCCGGCGUGGCGGCCACUACACCAGUGGCGUCUGCAGUGACGCCCAUCGCUAGCAGUACAGCUGCAGCAAUACACCACAGUACCAAUCCAUUUAUAUCACCGCCGAAGGUACCGGCGCAAACAUUCCAGGUGCAACUGUAGACGCUGUAGGCGUGAGGUGUACCAGCCGCGUGCUAGUAGUUGAUGUCAUCAGUGAGGUAGCACAUGUGUUCGAUCUAUAUCAUGUUAGGGUCGAUUAGCAACUCGAAUUAUGUAAGGUGUAUGGUUAGGUUGCAAAUAUGUUUGGGCGCUAUCUAAAUGUUGUUGUUGUUAAUGCAAAAUGAAUUUGAGUGUGUUAGCAAAUGUAGCGAUUUCUGCUAUGGAAUUGCAUGCACUGCCAAGAAUUGUUUAAUAAAAAUAAAUGUAAUUUUAUUAUAAAGUUUCAAAAUAGUUAUGAACUAUUCCACAUGUAACUAGUUGUUUUCGGACCAGUUGCCAAUUUACGCGCAAUUAUCGAAAUAAAAUAUGUAAAUAAAACCUGAAAUUAUAAUAUGUAAAAAUUACUAAAAUGUAACUAGUUACUUUUGGACCAGUUGUAAAAUUUUAACCACAUUCAAAUAAU